GCAGACUCAGUCGUCCGCGACAUUCGGUACGCGAUACGAUUGGGUGUACAACCCCGGCAAAACCUGUCAAACUCGCAAAAAAUCCCGCGACAAAAUACCCAACCCAGCGAGAAGAUAAAAAAAAUAAAAGAAUCGUCUUCCAAUUAUCCACUCCAAUUACAUCGCGUUCAAUCCCAUCAAAUCGGUAAUUAAAAAAAAAAUCGCGUUGAAAAUCGAGGACACGCGGGGCUCUGCCAAAAGUGUCCGACAUGUGCAUCUAGAGUGCAUCUUCCCCGAAGUGUUUCUAGAGUGUUAAAAAAUACCCGAAGAAAGAAAAAAUAAUGCGCCCCCUGUAACGUCACGCGGGGAUGUGCAAAAACCGAGGUGAAGACCCCCCGUCCGUUAUAAUGUAAUCGUCCCCUAAAAUCGAGAUGAACACCGUUCUUCAAAUCGCGCUGAUACUGCUGACGCUAGCCGGACCGUUGCUUACAGAGGAGCGGCAUCGCGGUGCGAAAAUAGUAUCAAUUAGGCACAGCCCCAGGCACCACCACCAGGAGCAGCCGAUCCGUCACCCCCUGAAAAUGCAAAAGCACUUGACCCCUGACGAUGACAAAGACGACAAUAAAGACUUCCAGCCGUACGAAGCGAUGCAGAAGGAUGAAAAGGACCCCAAGAAGCCAAUACCAGUAAACGAAUACGAUGACGAUGACGAUGAUGAGGAUGAGGAUGACGAUGAUAACGACAGGCCGGAUCACCGUCACCAGAGGAGUCACUGGUUCGAUAUCGGCUGGGAUCAGAGGACACGCCUGAACUUGAAAUACAACAGUGAUCAUCAUCGCUCGAGGACUCGCGUAUCAUCGGGUGUGAAGCCGACAGCCCGAGGCCAUCAUCGUCAUCAUCAUCAUCAUUCCCACCAUGAGCAUCCGCUAUCCACGAGCUCGAGAAACUCGUGGAGCAAUGGUAACAGGAAGCUGGGCACUCCCAAGACAUGGUCUCGAAGGAAGUCUUGGCACAAGAACUACGACGAUGAUGAUGACAUGGACGGUGAUGAUGGGUAUGGCAGAGGGAAGACCUCGGAGAGAAAGUGGAGGAGCGAUGAUCUGAAGGAGAGCAUAAAGGACGAUGAUGAUGAGGACAUAUGGAAGGAGCUCGAGCAAUAUGGUCUUGCUGAUAUCACGAUUGACAAGUUGGAGGGAAGCAAUGAUGAUUACUACGAGGAUAUCAGCGAUGAUGAGGAAAAACCACCGUACAUGACUUAUGAGGAAAUCAUCAAGAGACUCACUCAGGAGGAGGAUCGCAAUGAUAAUAGGAUUUCCACUAAACGAAAGAACACGAAGACUCAGCAGGGAAUUGAGAUGUUUCUCACGCAGGAUGUUUAUGGGAAUUUCAUGUUCAAUGGGACUAAUUUCCCUGUGGUGUUGAAGGAGAAAACGAAGCAAGAGGUAAGUGAGGAGCGGAAAGGGCAAGAAACGAAGAAAGGGAAUAUACCUGAAUUGAAGAGUUCUGAUUCUGAUUACGGUGAUGCGUAUGACGAUGUCGAGGGAUACGUGGACGAGGAAGAGGCAGGUGAACUCAGCAGGAGUACCGUUAUCCAGGUGGAGUAUCCGUUGAUUACAACCGCGCCGGACUACAAAACUCAAGAUCCAAUAGGAUCAGCACCCACGCUGCCAGUGAAAACAUCUUCAAGGCUCAACAUCACCAUUAACAUCCAGAAACCUUACGAUGGCCAUAAUAACACGACUAUCUCGCAAGAGAAUUCCCAUAAUGGAUUACGACCGAUGCGAAGUGGUCAGAAAUACGCGACCAGGGAAUUGACCAGUUCGCGUCCGGACAGGAACAACGCUGGCAUGACCAGAGCGGCCAUACAGCAUGCAAGGAAAGUACUAACAGAAGGCAAAUGCCAAUGGCCGAGAGCUCGAAUCAUACCUGUGCAGAAGUUUUAUGCAGAUGCAUCAGUAACAUACAUUCCACGCUGCGUAAUCCUUCACAGAUGUUCAGAUGACACCGGAUGCUGUGGAUCAGACAUUUUCACCUGCAUACCAAAACAAUACCGUCCAGUUGAGCUCUCCUUCUUCGUAGAUCGUGUUGGGGGUCCCAAGACUGUGCAGAAACUGUCGUUUCACAAUCACACGGAAUGCCAGUGCAUCAAAAGACAUUGGUUCGAAGAGAACACUAUGAACAAGCUACAAGGCAAAAACCAUGAGAUUCAGCUAGGGCAUGAUAUCGGCCCCUCACCGCAGAACAAAACGUGUCGAUGUCCGGCGGAAUUCACACCGAGAAUUACUUCCGAUGGUGAGUGCCAGUGCAAAUGCUUCGAGAGCAACACGCAGUGCGUAUUUGCAAGAAAAGGAAAAGUCUUUUUCUCCGUGAGAGACAGAAUUUGCAUACAGAAGAAGGAGUGUGCAAUGCCUACAUGCGAGUUUGGAGAGUACAUAAUGGAUCAGGGCAGGUGCCCUAAGAAAAGGGAUAAGAUCGAUGCAAUAACGAAUUAUCCAGGCAACAAUGAUCACUCCAGACAAUGAUGCUAGAUCAUUAUCACUUUCUAAUUUGUAAAAAUAUCAUCGAGUGCCUCCAGCAAAAAAAUUACUGUAGACAAUGUCUAGUUAUUGAAUUCAUUCCUCAGAGGAUAUAUCUUUCAUAAAUAAUUAUUUUAUUAUUAUCACUAUUUUCCUUUUUGCAUUAUGUGCGUACUUUUGUAUUAAUGUGUCAAAUACGCUUCCAAUUGUAUUUAAUCGAUAGAAAUAAUUGUGUUACUUUCAUUAUGAUUAAUUUAAUAAUUUUCGCCUAAGACAGUGUCAAUUAAAAUAUGUUAAUGUCGCAAUUGAUGAUCUUUCUAUGUUCAUUUGAAUUUGUCAGUUUCAAUUGAUCGACAGUAAAUUAUAUUGAAAACUUUGUCUUAUCAGCGUGCCAUAAUUUAGAUGGGCUGCAUGUAAAUGUAUAUUGAUUCAUUAGUUUGAGGAUAUUAAAAUAAUGGAGAGAAAAAAAUUAAUUAAUGGCUAUUGCGAGAAUGGUAAACUGGGUUAAUUCUAUACUCUCCCGAUUAUGUUUGCAUGCUUUCACGUGUAAUUGAGUUACCUCGAGGUAGCGAGUGGAAAUAUACCGCAUAACGAUCA